AUGCCUGGGCAGAUGUGGCAUUUGGGGGUGGAGGAAGUGGGAGUCCAGGAAGGAGGGACACAGAGGGAGGAACCUGGACCUAGACAGGGUCCCGGCUCCCAGACAGGUGCCCUCUGUCCCCUGGGGCCAUCUGUGGAUCGGGGCUGGGGGCUGCCCUGCCCUCAGACCCCCCUUCCUUUGGAGGGCCGAGAGCCAGGGGAAGGAGGGCUCGGCCCAGCUCCUGAGAGGGGUGGCUUGUUUCACCCAGCCGAGGACUGUCCCGAGGGGACCUGCGUGUGCGUCCAGCCUGAGUUCCACUGCGGAGACCCACAGUGCAAGUCCUGCAAGCACCACCCCUGCCCGCCCGGCCAGCGGGUGCGGGCUCACGGAAAGUUCACGUUUGGCUUCGACUGUGUCGACUGUGCUGCAGGGACCUUCUCUGGGGGCCACGGGGGCCACUGUGAGCCCUGGGCAAACUGCUCCCAGGCUGGGUUCCGCACCAUGUUUCCCGGGAACAGGACGCACGACGCCGUGUGUGGCCACCUGCUGCCGCCACCCGCCGAGCGGCACUGCCUGCUCAGUGUCAGCCUCCUCGCCGUGGCCGCCUGCAUCUUGGUCCUGGCUGUGGUCCAGCUCGGCCUGCACAUCUGGCAGCUGAGGAGGCAGCGACUGUGGCUCCCAGAGACCCAGAUGCUCCUGGAGGCACCGCCGGCCGAGGACGCCUGCAGCUGCCAGUUCCCUGAGGAGGAGCGCGGGGAGCAGCUGGCGGGCGACAAGGGCUGCGGGGAGCAGCUGGCGGAGGACAAGGGGGACCUGUGGGUGUGAGGCCUCGCUGCCCUCUGAUGCUGGGACUCUCCCAGAUACUCGCCCAGGAGGACUCUGCGCCCUGCCGAGGGCCCCCCGCUCUGGCCUGGCCCCGCUCCCCGCGACGGUGGAAGUGGGAAGGAGUGCUGACGGUGACGAGUCCC